UCAGAGAUAGGCGCGCUCGAGCUUUGCUCGCUGCGCAUGUGCGUUGCCAGGGGUAGCGCAGGUAGCCAAAGUACCCGCAGAGUGGAGCCUGUUGCUGAGGCGAGGAGGAGGGGCCGGAGGCGAGAGCGAAGCCGCGAUGAGAGCCGUGUUGACCUGGAGAGAUAAAGUUGAGCAGUGUAUAUACGACCUUGCAUUUAAGCCCGAUGGAACUCAACUGAUUUUGGCUGCAGGAAACAGAUUACUGGUUUAUGACACAUCUGAUGGCACCUUACUUCUGCCCCUCAAGGGACACAAAGACACUGUGUACUGUGUAGCAUAUGCGAAGGAUGGUCAGCACUUUGCUUCUGGAUCAGCUGACAAAAGUGUUAUUAUCUGGACAUCAAAACUGGAAGGCAUUCUGAAGUACACGCACAAAGAUUCUAUACAGUGUGUCUCCUACAAUCCUGUUACCCACCAACUGGCAUCUUGUUCCUCCAGUGACUUUGGAUUGUGGUCUCCUGAACAAAAGUCUGUUUUCAAGCACAAAGCAAGCAGCAAGAUCACCUGCUGCAGCUGGACAAAUGAUGGUCAGUACCUGGCUCUGGGGAUGUUCAAUGGGAUCAUCAGCAUUCGGAACAAAAAUGGCGAGGAGAAAGUGAAGAUUGAGCGGCCAGGGGGCUCCCUCUCCCCAAUAUGGUCCAUCUCCUGGAACCCUUCAAGGGAGGAACAUAAUGACAUCAUGGCUGUAGCUGACUGGGGACAGAAACUUUCCUUCUACCAACUGAGUGGAAAACAGGUUGGGAAGGAUCAGUCACUGAGUUUUGACCCCUGCUGCAUCAGCUACUUUAGUAAAGGGGAGUACAUCUUGCUGGGGGGGUCAGACAAGCAAGUAUCUCUUUUCACCAAGGAUGGAGUGCGGCUUGGGACUGUUGGGGAGCAGAACUCCUGGGUGUGGACGUGUAAAGUGAAACCCGAAUCCAACUAUGUGGUGGUAGGCUGCCAGGAUGGCACCAUUUCCUUCUACCAGCUUAUUUUCAGCACAGUCCAUGGGCUCUACAAGAACCGGUAUGCCUACAGGGAUACUAUGACUGAUGUCAUUGUGCAGCACCUGAUCACUGAGCAGAAAGUUCGGAUUAAAUGCAAAGAGCUUGUCAAGAAAAUUGCCAUCUACAAAAAUCGAUUAGCUAUCCAACUGCCAGAGAAAAUCCUCAUAUAUGAGUUGGAUUCAGAUGACUCAUCAGACAUGCAUUACCGGGUAAAGGAGAAGAUUGUCAAGAAGUUCGAAUGCAACCUCCUGGUGGUGUGUGCCAAUCACAUCAUCCUCUGCCAGGAGAAACGGCUGCAGUGCCUGUCCUUCAAUGGAGUGAAGGAGCGAGAGUGGCAGAUGGAGUCUCUCAUUCGUUACAUUAAGGUGAUUGGUGGCCCUCCUGGAAGAGAAGGUCUGUUAGUGGGCCUGAAGAAUGGGCAGAUCCUGAAGAUCUUCGUGGACAAUCUCUUUGCUAUCGUCCUGCUGAAGCUGGCCACAGGCGUGCGCUGCUUGGACAUGAGUGCCUCCCGUAACAAGCUGGCUGUGGUAGAUGAAAACGACACAUGCCUGGUGUAUGACAUCCACAGCAAGGAGCUGCUUUUUCAGGAACCAAACGCCAACAGCGUGGCCUGGAACACCCAGUGUGAGGACAUGCUCUGCUUCUCGGGAGGAGGCUACCUCAACAUCAAAGCUAGCACCUUCCCCGUACACCAGCAGAAGCUGCAGGGCUUUGUGGUCGGCUACAACGGCUCUAAGAUCUUCUGCCUCCACGUCUUCUCCAUGUCAGCCGUGGAGGUGCCACAGUCUGCUCCGAUGUACCAGUACCUGGAGAGGAAAAUGUUCAAAGAAGCCUACCAGAUUGCUUGCUUAGGCGUGACAGAUGCUGAUUGGCGUGAGCUGGCCAUGGAAGCUCUGGAGGGAUUAGAGUUUGAAACAGCAAAGAAGGCCUUCACCAGAGUACAAGACCUCCGAUAUUUAGAGCUCAUCACCAGCAUUGAGGAGAGGAAGAAGCGGGGAGAAACCAACAAUGACCUGUUUCUGGCAGAUGUGUUUUCCUACCAGGGGAAGUUCCAUGAGGCCGCCAAACUGUACAAGAGGAGUGGGCACGAGAACCUCGCACUCGACAUGUACACUGACCUCUGCAUGUUUGAGUAUGCCAAGGAUUUCCUUGGAUCUGGAGACCCCAAAGAAACAAAGAUGCUAAUCACCAAACAGGCUGAAUGGGCCAGAAAUAUCAAUGAGCCAAAAGCUGCUGUGGAGAUGUACAUCUCAGCAGGAGAGCAUGUCAAGGCCAUCGAGAUCAGUGGCAACCAUGGCUGGGUUGACAUGUUGAUCGACAUUGCCCGUAGGCUGGACAAGGCUGAACGUGAGCCUCUGCUGCUGUGUGCUGACUACUUCAAGAAGCUGGGUAACUCUGGCUAUGCUGCCGAGACCUACCUGAAGAUAGGAGACCUGAAGUCCUUGGUGCAGCUGCACGUGGAGACUCAGUGCUGGGAUGAGGCCUUCGCUUUGGGUGAGAAGCAUCCCGAGUUUAAGGUUGACAUCUACGUGCCCUAUGCUCAGUGGCUAGCCGAGAACGAUCGCUUUGAGGAAGCCCAGAAAGCAUUCCACAAGGCCGGGCGGCAGGGAGAAGCAGUCAGGGUGCUGGAGCAGCUCUCACACAAUGCUGUGGUGGAGAGCAGGUUCAAUGACGCCGCCUAUUACUACUGGAUGCUGUCCAUGCAGUGCCUUGAUAUAGCUCAAGCAGAUCCUGCUCAGAAGGAUGCGAUGCUCGGCAAGUUCCACCACUUCCAGCACUUGGCCGAGCUGUACCACGGCUACCAUGCCAUUCGACAGUACACGGAGGAGCCGUUCAGUUUCCAUCGUCCUGAAACCCUUUUCAACAUCUCCAGGUUCCUGCUGCACAGCCUGACCAAGGACACCCCCGUGGGCAUCUCUAAAGUGAACACACUCUUCACCCUGGCCAAGCAGAGCAAGGCCUUGGGUGCCUACAAGCUGGCGCGGCACGCCUACGACAAGCUGCAGGGCCUGCGGAUCCCUGCCAGAUUGCAGAAGUCCAUCGAGCUGGGCAGCCUGACCAUCCGCGCCAAGCCCUUCCACGACAACGAGGAGCUGGUGCCCUUGUGCUACCGCUGCUCCACCAACAACCCAUUGUUUAACAACCUGGGCAACGUGUGCAUCAACUGCCGCCAGCCCUUUGUCUUCUCCGCCUCUUCCUAUGAGGUGCUGCCCCUGGUCGAGUUCCACCUGGAGGAGGGGAUCACUGAUGAAGAAGCCGUCUCCCUCAUUGACCUGGAGGCGCCAAGACCCAAACGGGAGAACAAAUGGCAAGAACUCACAAGCAACAAUUCGCAGACUCUGCGGCUGGAUGAGACCAUGGACUCCAUGGGAGACGAUGACCCGUUCAAGGCAAAGCUGAGCUUUGAGGGACCCUCUACUAGAGGUUGUGGCCAAGGAGGAUUGGCCCAAACUUCCAGAUGUGGCAGCCUGACGGGGGAGUUGGGAGCCAGGGCUGCCCUGAGGCCAAGGGUGCUGAUGGUGAGGCAGCUUCCGCUCUGGCACGAGGAGGAGCUUGUCACUGUGAGGGAGUCCUCCCAGGGCAGCCCCAAAGAUCCCGGGAUCGUGAUCCACAUAAACAUGUCACCGUGGCUGAGUGAGGGCACCGGUGCCCUGCUUCCCUCCCUUCCGGCCCCGCAGCAGGGUGGCUCGGAGUUCGUGCCCGUGGUGGUGAGCCGGUCGGUGCUGCGCUCCAUGAGCCGCCGGGACGUCCUCAUCAAGCGCUGGCCGCCGCCCCUGCAGUGGCAGUACUUCCGCUCGCUGCUGCCCGACAUCUCCAUCACCAUGUGCCCCUCCUGCUUCCAGAUGUUCCACUCAGAGGACUAUGAGCUGCUGGUGCUGCAGCACACCUGCUGCCCCUACUGCCGCAGGCCCAUCAACGACCCCGGCCCGUGACCGGUGCCUGCGGGCCCAGCACUCCCUCCGGUCGCCUUGCUGUCCCCUGAGCUGUGGAAGGGGAAGAAAGAGUUAAGCUGUCAGAAUGUGUCUUCUGUCCAGAUGAAGUUUGUAUUUUAGGGAGGGGCCUUGUGUAACUACAGAAUUCCUAUUUAUGGCAUUUCAUGCCUUGUAAAUAGCACCAGGAGAUGGGGAAGGGAAUGUACGUAUCUUUUCUAAGAAAAAAAAUCUGCUAGUUGCAGAACAGCUCCGAGUUGUUCGUGGCAGCCUGCUGGAGUCCACAGAUCUGUCAGACCGUUAACACGUACACUUUGCCAACAGAUUGCCUCAAUAAUGACAAAUAAAAGGGCUACUUAUUUUCA